AUGGUGGACGCGAAACCAAAUACAGUACACCACACAAUUGGAAUAGUUGGAAAGGGUUUUAAAAAAAGACUUCAUGGCAGCUAUGACAAUUCAAUUCAAAGCCAGGAUACACAGCAGUCAACUUCACAGUCGAGGCCCGACCGGUGGAGGAGGAUUUUUCCUCGAUGCGGCAGCACAUCGCAGUCGCCGGUCAACGUCGUGACCCGGAAAGCUUUAUCGGACAGCCGACUCACCCCGCUGAACUUUCUGGGAUACCGAGCCGCUUUCCACGGGAACCUGUCCAACAACGGACACACGGCGCAACUGGAUUUACCAGCGGGGAUGCGCGGAGGGGGCCACCUGCUCGGAACGUACAAGGCGGUACAACUUCACUUCCACUGGGGCAGAGACGGCGGCCCGGGAUCCGAACACACGAUCGAUGGCGAACGCUACCCCAUGGAAAUGCACAUCGUGCACAUCAAGGAUCAGUACGCGACUUUGUCACAAGCUGUGAGGGAUCCGACGGGCGUGGCGGUUCUUGCCUUCUUCAUCGAGGAAUCCAAUACUGUCAACAAGAAGUUCGAGCCCCUCAUAAAAGCUCUGAAGAGGAUCCCGCAACCGUCCAACAAAACGACGGUGGCCGGCAUCUCCCUGCAAAUGUUCCUUCCGCCCCACGCGGACCUCAGCCAGUACUUCCGCUACGAGGGUUCGCUCACCACGCCCGACUGCGCCCAAGCCGUCGUCUGGACCCUCUUUGAAAGGCUCGUACCCCUCAGCGGCCGACAGCUGUCCGCCUUCUCCCAGCUGGCCUUCUCCAGCGGGGGGCCGAUGGUCAACACCUUCCGAGACGUGCAGCCUCUCAACGGAAGGCCGGUGUUCCGCUCCGGAGGUCCUGCGACCACUCGGCUGCGUCCUGCUCUCCUCGUCGCCGCCGCGCUGAUUCUCUACUCUGUGUGA